CGACUUGACGUCAGUGAAACGAAUGGUUUCGAGUCAUCACGUCUGGUAUCGCGGUAUCUGCGCCGACAUUUCGUGCAGAAGUACACUGCAAAGGGAAGAGCAGAGAAGAAAAGAACCUCGUUCAUGAAUUAAACCUCACUGUGUUUGUUCACAGAAUUCUCGGUUGUAGGGCUGUUGUUUAGCAGUCAGUAUGGCGGUAGUCAUCAGGCUGCAGGGCCUGCCCAUAGUGGCCGGCACCAUGGACAUCAGACACUUCUUCUCUGGCCUCACCAUCCCUGACGGGGGAGUGCACAUCGUAGGGGGUGAGCAUGGAGAGGCCUUCAUCGUCUUUGCCACUGAUGAGGAUGCUCGGCUGGGAAUGAUGCGUACAGGUGGGUCCAUUAAGGGCUCCAAAGUGUCACUGUUGCUUAGCAGCAAGACAGAAAUGCAGAACAUGAUUGAACUCAGCCGACGCAGAUUUGAGGCUGGUGCAGGCACUGUGGAGACAGCUGCACCUGCAGCAGGAAAUGCCACCCGACAAACAGGCGCUGCCCCCAUACCCACAGUGCAGCAAGGGGUUGGGGGAAGAGGCAAUAGCCAAGGAAAUCAGGGAUUCAGUACCACCCAAGCCUUAGUACCGGCAGCAAGCUCAGCUCAGGAGCCACCAACCAACAAGGCAGCAGUCAGCUUGGCCAACAUGGUGCCCAGCUUCCCCAACAGCUACAGUUCAGCACCUGCAAUCACCACAGCCCUGGCAUCACUCAAUGCAGGCCCCCCACCCAUCCCUCCACUUACCAGCAUGCCUUCAAUGCCCACUAUGCCCACACUUCCCACCAUUCCAGUUCCUCCCCCAGUGUCCUCCAUUCCACCUGUCCCUACUGUCACACCCCUUUCCCAAGGACCUCCUGUGCCUCCAAUGUCCCAUCUCCCCCAUAUGUCCUCACUGCCUCCCUUCAACCCCUCCCUACCUCCUCCAGCAGGACUGGGCUCCGGCCUCCCUCUUGGAACCCCCAACCCCAUGCUUUUUAAUCCUCUCUCCCCUCUGGCCUCUCUUGGCCUUCAGGCCCACAUGAAGGCUGGGGCAGCCAAUCCUGAUGAGUUGUUUAUCCUCCUGCAGAAUCUCCCAUUCUCUUGCUCAGAGGUGGAGGUCAGGGAAUUUUUUCGGGGUCUGGGGGUGGAUGUAGUACGUAUGGUGAGGGAUGGGCAGGGCCGGCCAACUGGUAGGGCAAUGGUCAAGUUCUUCUCACCCCAGGAUAGCUUUGAAGCUGCGAAGAGGGGUGGUGGCAUGAUGGGCCAAAGGUUCAUUGAGAUUACCCCAGGCUCUGAGCGACAGUGGGCUAGCCUCAAUGACAGCACGACAAGCCAUGUGUCUCACAAUAACAGUAAAUCAAAUAAUAGCAAUGAGUCACAGGACCAGCAGCACCGCCGUAGUAAUGCAGGGUCAGGAGGAAGAGAUCAGCGAGGAAGGUCACGAUCUCCCCAUCGGCAGGAGUUCUGUGUCUUCCUGAAGGGCCUUCCCUAUGAGGCUGACAAGACACAGGUUAAAGACUUCUUUAAGAAUUUGGCCAUUGUUGAGGACAGCAUCUAUAUUGCCUAUGGGCCCAAUGGGCGAGCCACAGGAGAGGGCUUCCUUGAGUUCAAAACAGAACAGGAUUACAAGACUGCUCUGGGCGCUCACAUGCAGUACAUGGGCACCCGCUUCAUACAGGUCCACCCAAUCAGCCGGAAGGGAAUGCUUGAAAAGAUUGACACCAUUCGCAAACGUGAAGCAGUACAGGGUGAUGGCAAGAACCAGGAUGGCAUGAAAGUUCCUAGAAACUGUGCCCACAUCACCAACAUCCCUUACAAUAUCUCCAAGAAGGAUGUCCGUGCCUUCUUGGAGGGUGUUGGACUUUAUGAGGACACUCUCAAGGUUCUGACGGAUAGUCAAGGCAAUGGUUUAGGGCAAGCUAUCUUCCAGCUGCGGACCGAGGAAGAUGCCCGUAAAGCUGAAAGAUUGCACCGCCAAAAGCUAAAUGGCCGUGAUGCCUUUGUCCACCUGGUGACCUUUGAGCAGAUGAAGGAAAUUGAGAGGAAUCCACCUCCCCAGAACAAAAGGGGCCAACGCAACCUAAACCAGCACACCCAAAAUCUGAACCAGCAUCAGCAAAUCCAACCCAAUCCCCAGCAGCACCAGAUGAACCCAUUUGCUGGGAUUAGUGGGGAUGAGUUUAACUUCCUCAGAAACACCAUGGGGAACCUCAACAGUGCCCCCUUUGUGACUCCAUUCUCAGCUCCAGGAAAUGGGCUAGCAGGCCCUCCCCCUCUCCCUCCUCUGGCAGCAGGGCUGGGGGAGGUGAAUCUGGGUGUAGCUCCUCCACUAGUUGCUGGUCUUCCUGGAGCUCCAAUCUUGGAGCCACCAGGUUUUCGACCUGGAGCUGGGGGUGGAGCGCCUUUCAGCCAGGAUGGGCUGAGAGGCAUGGUGCCCUUUGACAAUGCCAACAGAAAAGGAGGUGGAGGAGGACAGAACCGAGGGGGAGGGACUAACAACAACCAAGGGCGCCCAGGGGCCGGGGCUGCUGGUGGACAGCAGGUGUUUACUCCAGGAGCUGACAGUCUCCGUAACCAGCCAGCCCCUGGAGGAUCCAAUAAUCCCAACAGUCAGCGUGGUGCUGCUUGCCCAACAAUUGUAAAGCUUCAAAAUAUGCCAUUUACUGUAACUGUGGAUGAGAUCAUGGACUUCUUCUAUGGCUACCAGGUGCUGCCAGGCUCAGUCUGCCUGCAGUUCAGUGAGAAAGGCCUGCCAACUGGCGAGGCCAUGGUGGCCUUCCAGAACCAUGAGGAGGCUACUGCCGCUGUCAUGGACCUCAAUGAUCGACCCAUUGGAGCACGCAAGGUCAAGAUAAGCCUGGGUGUUCAGGGGGAAAGGGAGGUGACUGUGAGGGGCGCAGAUGAGGUGGGUGAGGGGGGAGUUCUGCUUCCCAAAUCUAGAAUGGUGGACUGUGUCUCUAAGGUGGAGCUGACCAUCUCCUGCGCCAACCUGCUGGAUAAAGAUGUCGGAUCGAAGUCAGACCCUCUGUGCGUGCUGCUGCAGAAUACUGGAGGAGACACAUGGGCCGAGCUCGGUCGUACUGAGCAGAUAAAGAACUCCUCCAGUCCGUCCUUCAGUCAACGCAUCAAACUGGAUUAUAACUUUGAGACAGUUCAGAAUCUGAAGCUGGGUGUCUACGACAUUGACAACGCCACUGUUGAUGUGAAGGAUGAUGACUACCUGGGAGGGGUGGAGCUAACACUGGGACAGAUAGUGUCCAGUAAAACUGUGACCAGGCCUUUGCAGCUAAAGAAGAACAAGCCUGCAGGGAAAGGCACCAUCACUGUCACUGCAGAGGAGGUAAAGGACAACAGAGCCAUUGUACUGGAGAUGGAGGCUAAAGGCCUUGACAAGAAGGAUACGUUUGGGAAGUCUGAUCCCUUUCUGGAGUUUUUUAAACAAGGAGAUGAUGGAAAGUGGCAGCUGGUCUACAGAACAGAGGUGGUGAAGAACAAUCUGAAUCCCACCUGGAAGAAGUUCUCCGUUCCUCUGCAGACAUUCUGCUCCAGCAAUCUCGACAGACCGCUGAAGGUGGAUUGUUCUGAUUAUGACAGUGACGGGACUCAUGAUUUGAUCGGCUCUUUCACCACUAAAGUCUCUGAUCUUUUGAAAGCUGGGCAAGGUUCUCCUGUGGCAUUUGACUGCAUCCACCCUGACAAACAGAAGAAGAAGAAGAGCUACAAGAACUCUGGUGUUGUCUCUGUGAAGAGCUGCAAGCUGGAGACUCAGUACACCUUCCUAGACUAUGUGAUGGGCGGCUGCCAGAUCAGCUUCACUGUGGGGAUCGACUUCACCGGCUCUAACGGUGAUCCUCGCUCACCCCAGUCCCUCCACUACUUGAGUCCAGACGGGCUGAACGAAUACCUGUCUGCUCUGUGGUCUGUGGGUCAAGUGGUCCAGGACUAUGACACUGAUAAACUCUUCCCAGCAUUCGGUUUUGGGGCCAAACUGCCUCCAGAUUACCAGGCUGCUCACCAUGAGUUCGCCAUCAACUUCAACCCCACUAACCCCUUCUGCCAAGGUAUUCAGGGGAUAGUUGAAGCCUAUAGGAUGGUUUUGCCUCAGCUUCGACUCUCUGGACCCACAAACUUCUCCCCCAUCAUCAACCAUGUUGCUUCUAUCGCCUCCAAUUCCGCACAGACCAACACUGCCUCUCAGUAUUUCAUCCUCCUCAUCCUCACUGACGGUGAGAUCACUGACUUCGACCAGACCCGGGACGCCAUUGUUCGGGCAUCGCAGCUGCCUCUCUCAAUCAUUAUUGUGGGGGUGGGGCCAGCGGACUUUAAGGCCAUGGAGCUUCUGGAUGGAGACGAUGGCAAGCUGAAGUCGACAACAGGGCAGCCCGUGGCCAGAGACAUCGUCCAGUUUGUCCCAUACAAAAAGUUCAAAGAUGCUUCCAAGGCGGCUCUGGGUCAGGCUGUCCUCGCUGAGGUCCCCAACCAGCUGGUCUCUUAUUUCAGGAUGAGAGGCAUUGAUCCACCUAAGGCUGCCCCCAAACCCUAAACCCAUUCACCUGCCCUCCCCAGACCCAUCCUUAAAAGCUGAUGACCCGCACUGAUCUCAUUCCUGGUACAGACCACCCCCCUUCAUAGACCAACCUGAUGUGUCACACUGCAGCAUUCACUGCUACAUUCAGCCUUAAGCCAGUGGUAUUGAUUAUAUUGAUUAUGUAGCUUGCUUCUACUCUAACUAUGCAGAUCUCCUGUUUACUAACAUGCCUUUACUAAUCACAGAGCCAUACACACAGAAUAAGUUUGUGUCCCCGUUCUGUUGCCUUUAUAGUAACAGAAGAAGGUAAAUGUUCAUCUGUAUUGUUUUCCUAUUCACUUCAAUACAGGUUCAUCACAGACAGAGUUUUAUUACAGUAUCAUCUAGUGGACAUCUGAAGAGCUGCUGCUACAAGCGUGUCACCAUGACCAGUUAUUUCAUGUUAUCAUGGUGCAGCUACACAACCUGCUCCAGCUCUGUGUGUGCGCAUGGCUCUGAUUAGCUUUAUUAAUCAGGUAUCAAUACUUGGCACUUUGCUUAUACACAUAUUGCUAGAAAGUGUUGUUAUGAAUGACUUACGUACUAUUUAACAUAGCUUUACUACUAUAGCCUUACUGUAGACCUUAAUGUAGUCGGUGUGACGCUGCUUUAGACUCUUCUGUCUCGACUCAGCGACGCCAUCUUGGUUCCCAGUGCAGCACUUUCUACCAUCUACCUGUGUUUUCUGAAAUGUCACAACUCUAAAUCUCAUUACCUGCAACAUCCAGUACAUGAUGUCAGCAUAGUGCACAGGUAAUCUCUUAUCAGCUGACUUGAUGAUUAUAGUUAAACUUCAUGAAGGUUUGGCUGACAGCGCUGUAGUAUCCAUCUGCAGACGGGUCAUCUCCGUUCACAGCUUGGAUUAAAUUCAAAAAUGGACAUCGCCAGCCAAGUCAUGUCGUUCUGAUUAUACUACAUUAGUUAGUCAAUGUUGACAUGUAGAUGACGUGUCUGUCAAGUGCCUUGUUAAAUAAACUCCCUGACAGAAACGCCCCUUAGACUUAAAGCCCCUUUACACUGUGCAAAUGUGGUUGACUGAAACAUGGAAAAGGUUUUUGGUUGUUGGUGCCAAUGGGCAGUCCCACAUUGCCCUGUGAGGCUUUGUGGAUUUAGCAGAAAAAAACAGUGUGCGGCAAAAUUUAGAGAGUGUCAAAGUUUGAAUCAAGUUUUCAUUGUGGCUGCUGCUGUGACCCACAUCUGCAAGUCCAACAACAUGAAAUGUUUCAGAAUACACCGGCCAACUUUUCCCUAGUAGCCACGGCUGAGUUUGCCCUCCUCUGUUGUGGCUUUUCAAUCCCCAGACGUGUCAUCGUGACGGCCAAAUCGUGCUGAUUGUUCAUGACGUGUCUCUGCUUUCUGCUGCUGUUUUUCUGUUUGAUUAGAAGUGUAACAAUACACAGAUUGAUAUCCGUCUGACACAGAUUAUGAACCAGGAUGUUAUCUUAACCAUCCUGCACAGUGUGACAUACAGUAAACAUAUCAUUAUCACACCGUUAAAGGUGCAUUUAAACAUGCGCUGGGAGCCAACAUGGCCAUCUGAGCAGCACAGCGACGUCACUGCAGGCUGUGUUCGCUUUGUGUGGAAGUUACCGUGACCACUGUCGGCAUCCAAGUGAGACAUUGUCCUAGGUGUCGUUAAAUAGUUUAUUCUCUGAAAAGUAAACAAACGGGAAUACCCAUUUUGAUUAUGAGCUGUUUUACUCACAUGACAGUAGAUUAGAACUGCAAAAACUUGUAUCAGCACAUUUUGAUAAUCACAUAUUUAGAUUUUCAAAUGUGAGGAUUUGAUCCUUAGUUUUAAACUGGGACUAAAUCUUUUGUGUUUUAUGAAUCUCUUAUUGACAUUCAGAGACAAAAGGGCAAAGAAAAGAGAUUAUUCUCUGUACUCACCAGGAAUUCCAGUUCUUUCUUUGAUUUUCCCUCCAGCGUCUCAGCUCCUACAUAAAUACACAGUUACUGUGUUAGCUGCUCCAGUACGCUGGUUGACGGUGCAGCCCAGCAGGUGAAAUUUACUCCACACGGAGUUUGAACACUUGUAAUUAAGGACGGUGCUGGUUGACAUUUUCAGCUGUCCACUGAUAUGAGCAAUUGGGAGUCCUAACCACGAUGACCCGAACGCAGCAUCACGCAUCUGUUCGGUUUAUGUGCCAAAGACUAUCUCCUGAUUUCAGUAGCCCGUCCCACCUGGGAUACUGGAAUGGCCUAAACACACAAACAAAUCUUAAAAUGUGUCAUAACUUCACUGCAGCAAAGCUGCCGUUAAUGUUGUUUAAAUACACUGCUGCCACGCUUCAUCUGUAAGCACUAAAAGUUACUUAAAAUGAGUUUGUUUUGUGCCUUAUUACAGAUAAUCGAGAUGUGAAUAGAAUAAUGAACAUACAAAGAAGCUUGACCAGUUUGUGUUCAGCGUUUUAACCCCAAAGCCACAAGGAAGACACACUUGUAAUUAAGUUUGUAUCCUUUAAACCAUUUAAGUUCCUUGUGCUCUGAAUGUUGACAUGACAGCAUUAACAGGAAACGUUUCAGAUAGGAUAAAAAGUAACUUUCAUGUUUUUGUCCAGUUAUUAGGAACUGUUUGGGGCUUUUUUUGUUGUUGUUGUUGUUAAUGUUGGAUAUUUGUAUUGUUUAAUGUUGAAAGCACUGAGAUUUGUUUUACCUUGAGAAAAGAAGUUCAUUCUUCACAUUUGGGAACAGCCUGUGUAACGCUGCGGUCAGACCAAAGUUCACCCGGCAACAUUAACUGGUGUGGUGUGGCCAGAAGCAGGAGAGGACAGAACGUAGCAUGGGUAGGAUUGUAAAGAUGAGCUGCAGAAGUAGUAUGGCUCAGGGAUUGACAAUGGCACUCCAUAAAGGUGUGUAUUAAACAAGGGCUUAUUAGACAUGUAGCUGACAUUAACCUCUCUCACUGUCCUUGCACUCGCCACAGCAUCUUCUUAAACAUAUCGUUUGCAUGUCUUUAAAGUAGUGUUUUAUGUUUCCAGCAGUUUGUCUGCCUCUGUAGUGCCAACGGUGUCUGCUGUGUCAGACUGUGCUUGGCUGUUUUUGGACCAAGUUUGAAAGCACAUUCAUGUAAAAUUGCAAAACUUACACACAUUGAUCUACAGAAAAAGGUUUUUUGUUUUUUUUUUAGUGACAGAUUUCCGAGGCUGGAGAAUUAGUUUGAUCACGGACUCCAGAGUUUGACCGAUCAAAUAUUCAUCAGCAGGUGAAUCUGAAGACAAAGAGACGCACUUCAAAACUCUGGGAAAAGCUAAUUAAGAGGAGCAUGAGUUCAGACUUUACUGUGUAUGUGCUGUUUUGGUGCCAGAAAGGAGCAAAUUCUGAGUGUUUAUCAUGAUGUUUUUCUUCUUUGUUGCCAAGAACUUGUUUUAUGUAAGUUUCCUAGUUCAAGAGAAACUUAACAUGUGGUUUAAAGCAGCUUCACAUUUUAGAUUAUUAUUUUUUGUUUGUUUUAAGCCGACUUUAAAGAGAAUGUUCUUAGAAAAUCAUGGUGGAAAUUUGAUCUAAGUUUAUCAAACAUUCUGUAUUGUCCAUGUAAUGGCAGCUGCGUGGUCACAUGAUGAUGUAAAGGGGGAAUUUUGGACACAUUUGUCCGUCAAACCAUCACAGGGGCAAAAAUGUAUCGUGAAAUGAUAAAAAGAAGACGGCUGAUCUUGGUGAAGAACUGCAGUAGGAUGUGCUUUGCUCCAUAGCGCUGCCAUCUGUCUCAACCUGUUCUUCUGCACUCUGUUAAAUGGAUUGAUUUACAGUAUCAUGUGACCAGUAGCUGACAUCUACUCAGUAUAACUAAACCAGUAAUAUCACUAUGUAUGAGCACAGCCUGUUAUAAUAGACUAAUAAAAAGAUCUUGGGGAAAGAAA